AUGAAAAAAACAAGCACAGGCGGACUCUCUAGAGACGGCCUGAUAGAGCAGAUUUGGUUUUGGGGAAGUGUUGGAUUUAUACUCACAUACUCUAUGGGGGUAGUACGGACAGUUACAGGAAUAGGACUCCCGAAGAGAUUCCUGCAUAUUUGCUCGUGUUUGUGUCUUAUAGCCACGUAUGGAGCAUGCAUUUUCUUCAAGAGCUCGGCGAUAAACAUACAGAAGCUCCUGAAAGACGGAAAUUUCAGGUGCUUGCUUGUGGCUUGCUCCCUGCUCGGAGUCUCUGGGAUGGCAAUUCCCAUGCUCCCGUUUCUGCUCAUGUCUUCCCUUUCAGUUACCGGAUACGUCGUAAAAAACAAGGGAAAGUUCGAGAAAAGCCCGAUCCUUCAGACCUCCCUCAAUCUCUCGGAGCAGAAGACGUACAUUACGCUGGUCGCCCUGAAGAUUGAAGUGCUCUCGCUGCCCCUCAUAUUCCUGCAGCUUGUCCUCGGAAAUGCCGACCUUUUCGUCCUCGUGAGCUACACGAGCAUGGUUUGGUUCGAGUACACGACGAAUCCCCGCAUGAGAACGGCCGUGCAGGAGAUAGGAAGUGCCAUGGACGCAAUCGCAUACUCCCAGAA